AUGCCGGGGUUUGACUAUAAGUUCCUAGAGAAACCCAAACGGCGGUUUCAAUGUCCUUUAUGCAGUAAGGCUAUGCGAGAACCCGUUCAAGUUUCUACAUGCGGGCACAGAUUUUGUGACACCUGCCUACAAGAAUUCCUCAGUGAGGGCGUAUUCAAGUGCCCAGAGGACCAGCUUCCCCUGGACUAUGCCAAGAUCUACCCUGAUCCUGAACUGGAGCAGCAGAUCCUGGCCCUGCCCAUCCGCUGCAUUCACAGUGAGGAGGGCUGUCGCUGGACAGGUCAGAUGAAGCAGCUACAGGGCCACUUCUCCACCUGCGCCUUCAACGUGAUUCCCUGCCCCAACCGCUGCUCCAUCAAACUGACACGCCGUGACCUGCCCGAGCACCUACAGCACGACUGCCCCAAACGAAAGGUCAAGUGUGAGUUCUGCGGCAGUGAGUUCACCGGCGAGGCCUAUGAGAAUCAUCAGGGUAUCUGUCCUCAGGAGAGCGUAUACUGUGAGAAUAAGUGUGGAGCCAGGAUGAUGAGGAGGCUCCUGUCCCAGCACAGCGUGUCCGAGUGCCCCAAACGCACACAGCCCUGCAAGUACUGUGGCAAGGAGUUUGUGUACGACACCAUCCAGAACCAUCAGUACCACUGCCCUCGCUUCCCUGUCCAGUGCCCUAAUCAGUGUGGCACCCCAAACAUUGCCCGCGAGGACCUGGCCAACCAUGUGAAGGAGAGCUGCGGCAGUGCGUUGGUCCUCUGUCCUUUUAAGGAUGCCGGCUGUAAACACAGAUGCCCAAAGCUUGCAAUCGGUCGGCACCUGGAGGAGACCACAAAGUCCCACUUGACAAUGAUGUGCAACCUGGUUGGCCGCCAACGGCAGGAGAUCCAAGAACUUCGGCGCGAGAUGGAAGAACUGUCAGUCAGUCACGACGGCGUCCUCAUCUGGAAACUGAACGACUACUCACGCAAACUGCAGGAGGCCAAGCUCCAUAACAACCACGAGUUAUUCAGCCCGCCCUUCUACACACAUCGCUAUGGCUACAAGCUGCAAGUGUCUGCCUUCCUUAAUGGUAACGGGAGCGGAGAAGGUUCCCAUCUGUCCAUUUACAUCCGCGUGUUGCCCGGCGAAUACGACAACCUGCUGGAGUGGCCCUUCUCCUACAAGGUGACCUUCUCCAUUCUAGACCAGAGCGACCCGUCGCUAUCCAAACCCCAACACAUCACUGAGACCUUCAACCCAGAUCCCAACUGGAAGAACUUCCAGAAGCCGUGUAGCAGUCGUAACUCGCUGGACGAGAGCACGCUGGGUUUCGGCUAUCCCAAGUUCAUCUCACACGAGGAGAUCAAGAAGAGGAACUACAUCCGGGACAACUGCAUUUUUCUGAAAGCCUCCAUAGAGAUUCCACAGAAAAUAAUGGCCUAA